AUGCAUGUUAUUAGACAUUUGAGCAUCUUCCAAGGAAGAUCUUCAGGAACCAUUCUGCGUGCUUUAUCCACCAUUGAAGCCACACAGCAGCAACGCACUUGGGUGGCUAAGACUCCACGUACGUCGGUCACAUCCGCUGGUGCUCAUAGCGCCGACCCCUCUGCAUCUCUUGGGAGGUUUUACACAGUAGAGCCAACGAUUGCAUCGCGUGUCAUCUCACCAUUCCUCACAGAAUUUCACCUGCGAGAGCUGCGCCUCUUUGAAGACUUUUCACUGCUGGUUCGAAAGCCAUCCCUUGACGUAAUUUCUGCCUUGCGACACAUCUCAGACACGUACGCGGAGCCCACAAAGGCUGCAAGGCGCAUAUCCACUGUUCCCCGAUUCGUCCUCUACGGGCAACCAGGCUGCGGCAUAUCUGUCCAAUUGGCGCACAUUGCCCAAUAUGCUGCCGAGCAGGAUUAUUUAAUAUUUGCCUUUUGCAACGCAGAAAAUUGGCUCGACCGCUGUCCCGAUUUCACUCCAAUUAUCCUGGUUCCUGUACCUAACUCGAGAUGUUAUUCUCCAUCCAAGCUCAACCCUACCAUUACUCGCCCCGUGGAAUGGACCGUCAAGGAUAUUGCUCCCAUCGGCACUCCCUGGAGUGAAGUCAUCGAUUUUGCUCUUAAGCGAACUAAAUACUCCACCGACUGCAUUGGAAUCCUUCUGCGAGAGAUGCGUGCCCUGUCUUCAAGUCCCAAUGGACCUAGCAGUCUCCUUCUCAUUGAUGGCGUUAAUUUCCUCUGGUGUCGUGGAACUCGAAUGCAAGAUAAGGUCCUUCUGAAAAAAGUGGCUGUCGACCGCCUGGCCAUUGUCCACCAUCUUCGUCGGGCCCUGAUAGGUGACUGGCAGAAGGGUGCCAUCGUUACCUCAUCAUUCCAAAUAAACAGCUCAAAAUCCGUCUCUCUGCUGUUUUUUGUCAGGUACCUACUUACCAAGCGUGGCUUUGAAACGAUGGAUCCCUUCAUCCCUAUUCAUGUGGGCAACUACACUCCCUCGGAACUGGAUGCAGUUCUCCAAUUCUACGCCGAGCAUGGUUGGUUUACCAAUCCCGCCGCUUUUACACUAGAGGGUAGGGCGGAGAUUGUCUUCCUGGCUGAUAGCAACCCUCGUGAACUGUCGAAGGUCGCAGCUGAGUGGUAG